AUUCUGUUGGUGUGUCUGUGGCCCAAUCCGAUGGAGAAGAAGGUGUCAUGAACACUGGAUAUUACACAUUACCAGCAUGUCGUUUUACAAUCCUGGUUCAGGUGUUGUUAUUUACUGACUUAGUGUCCUCUGUUGCACUCUGGCUUUGUGGUGGAGACAAUGAGUACUUGGAGGACAAUGUGAUGCAAUUCAAGAUAAAAGACUCGGUGUUUGACUUGGCGGCAAUAGCAUUUGUGAAGUGCAGCAUUCUCUUCUUUUCUUAUCACUGGUUAGAAAAAUUGUCCAUGAAGCAGAUUGAUUACCCUUAUGACAGAAAACUUGCAUCAAGGAAAUGCUGGUGCCAUUUUCUUGCAAUUUUUUUGAGUCUCGGGUCUCUUGCUUACAGUAUAACAAAAGGUGUUCUUAUUUAUAAAGUAAGAUCACAGAAAGAGCAUAAACUCCAUCCAACUUACUUUGCCCUGGUCAUAAGUGCUGUCGCAUUUUCCUUCUUGGAAACUGUGUUUGCACUCAGUAGUUUUGUUGCUAUGAGACGACUGAAAUUGCUGCGAAUUCUUCAUACUCCUAAUGAUACUGAAGCCAAAAGGAAGCCACAGGUCAAUUUAGGAAGAUUGAUGACUCUGGCCAAACCAGAACUUCUGUUACUGUUGAUAGCAUCUUUGGCUUUGUUGGCAUCCAGUGGGGCGCAAAUUGCAGCUCCUUUCUUUUUUGGUAAAGUAAUUCAAGCAGCAACAGAGAAAGGCAUGAAGCAUUUAAAUGAGACCAUCGUGAUCCUUGCCCUUGUCUACCUUGGUGGUGCAUUUGCUGCUUUGGUAAGAGCUUGGCUCUUUACCUUAGCUGGUCAGCGGCUUGUGGCUAGGAUAAGAAAGAAGCUGUUUAAUGCUAUUAUGUGUCAAGAAGUGGCAUUUUUUGACAAUAACCGGACUGGUGAACUUAUCAACCGACUGUCAUCAGAUACUCAAGUCAUUCAAAAUGCCCUAACAGUGAAUGUCUCCAUGUUACUGCGGUACAUAUUCCAGAUCAUUGGCUCCUUGGUUUUUAUGUUUACUCUGAGUGCCAAGUUGACUGCAGUUCUUAUAUCUGUUGUUCCCAUUGUGGGAAUUGGUGCUCAGCAAUAUGGAAGUUAUGUACAAAGAUUAAGGAAGAAAUUUCAAGAUGAGUUAGCUGCAGCUUCUGCUACUGCAGAAGAAUCAAUUGGGAACAUACGUACAGUGCGAUCAUUCUCUCAAGAGCGUAAAGCCAUGGGAAACUAUGGGACCGAUGUCGAUAAGAGUUACAAAGUUGGAGCUAAACUUGCCCUUUUUUCAGGUUUAUUUCAAGGUGUCAUUGGUAUUAUUGGUCAGGGUGCUGUUGUGUUGGUCUUGUGGUAUGGUGGUAAUCUAGUCAAUCACGGUGAACUUAAUGUUGGAAUUUUAACAGCAUUUAUGCUGUACACUUUAAAUGUGGCCAUGGCAUUUGCCUUCCUCUCAUCUCUGUAUGGAGACUUUAUGCAGGCUGUUGGUGCAUCAGUGCGCAUGUUUCAGCUGAUGGAUCGCUUACCUGCUAUAAAUGUGGAUGGAGGACAAAAACUUCACUCUGUUAAUCAAACAAUCCAGUUUCAAGAAGUCUGCUUUGCUUACCCAUCAAGACCAGAUACUGAUGUUCUCAAGGCGAUGUCAUUUGAACUAAGACCUGGUCAGACUGUGGCACUUGUUGGGCCUUCUGGUGGUGGAAAGUCAACAGUGAUAAGCCUAAUUGAGAGGUUCUAUGAUCCAAAGUCAGGCAUCAUCACCAUUGGAGGAACAAACUUGGGUGAACUGGACCUGUUUUGGAUGAGACGCAAGAUUGCCCUUGUAAGCCAGGAACCAGUUUUGUUUGCCACAACUAUAGCUGGUAAUAUUGCUUAUGGACGUGAUGCCACUUUAGAAGAGAUAGAGGAAGUUGCAAGGCAAGCUAAUGCUCAUGCCUUUAUCACAGCAUUUGAGGAAGGAUAUCAGACUCAGGUUGGUGAGCGUGGUGUGAAGUUGUCCGGAGGUCAAAAGCAGCGGGUAGCUAUUGCAAGAGCUCUUCUGAUGAACCCUGAUAUUCUCCUACUGGAUGAGGCAACAAGUGCUUUGGAUGCUGAAAGUGAACAUUUUGUGAAGGAAGCAAUUGAUCGGGCCAUGAAGAACAGAACAGUUCUAGUAAUAGCACAUAGGCUGUCUACUGUGCGCAAUGCUGACCAGGUAUUGGUCAUUGAUAAAGGCCAGAUUGUUGAGCGAGGUACCCACAAGGACUUGCUGGCUAGUGAAGGUGUUUACAAGAAACUUGUGUUGCGACAGCUGAGUACAUCCCAAGGUGCCUCUGUUGUAGAUGUUGAGGGUUUUGACCCAGAUCAUUUGGAGACAGGCGAACCUCCCAUUGAUGAAGAGGAAGAAUCCUAGUUAGACUUUUACAGUUCAACUAGAAUCUUGUUGUUUCUUCUGUGAUCUUUUUUAACAGCAAACAUUUUAGACAUACAACAAUAAAAAAGUAGUGAAAAGUAGUUGUCCUAAGUGUAGGACAAACAGCUCCAAACACCCAUUACUGACCAAGAGUAUUGCUGGGAAGGAUCUCUGUGCUAUUGUGUAACCCAAUUUUGUACAAAACUUAAUUAAUGCUUCUGUUAGACAACCAUUGACCAUAUUUCUACACUG